AUGAGCGGGGCACCGGGACGCUCUCCUGUGACUGUAGUGGACCACCAUUUCCUGUUUUUGUUUUGUUUAAUAUAUAUAUAUAUAUAUAUAUUUAUUUUUGUUCUUUUCUCCAUAAACGUGUUUGGUGACGGGGAGGAGCCUGAGCCGGGAGCAUCUGUUCGGGCCGCGGUGUUGUUCUUCGCUGUUCAGCCGCCGCCUCACCCCCGCCUGCGCAAACAACCCCUUGUACGCACGCUGCCUGUCUUUCUCUCUCCGCUCUUUUUUUGCUGGUGCUGUGUGAUUGUGUGGCGCCUUUCCGCUGCCGCGGCACACGGGGCGGGCAUCAGUGCGAGAAGUUCACGCUUUCACCUUCACAGCCAGAGUUUUUUUUUUUUUUUUAAUCCUACCAACAGAAUGAGCGAAAACGAAACGUGCGAUGCGCUCCUCUCCCAGUACGAGUUGCUGAGGGGGAAGAUGGCCACGCAGCACUGCGAUGGCGACCACGACGGAGAUAAGGAUGAGCACAGCCAUGGAGACUGUGGUGGCUCCAAUGGACCGUACACGGUGGGGCUGCAUGUGGUGGCCAUCUUCGUCGUGCUUUUGUCGUCGUUUCUGGGGACGGUUAUCCCACUUGCCGGGAAGCAUGUGCCGUGUCUGCGGAUGAACCCAUUCUUGUUUGUUCUCGGCAAGUGUGCGGCGACUGGCGUGGUGCUGGCCGUGUCAACGAUCCACAUGAUCCACCCCGCUGCUGAGUUGCUUGAGGAAGACUGCGUUCCGGACUCGUGGAAGGAGUCAUACGACGCGUACGCGUUUCUUUUUGCGAUGAUUGCAGCCAUAGUGAUGCACGCGCUUGAGACGCAGUUGGUGGCGAUGUUUGCGAGCGACGAGUCUCCGUCCUCUCCUUCCGGGGGGAACGGGGAAAAGGGGGACGCGAACGGGGAUGAGGAGCGUGCUGACGGUGCACCCAGCGGUGAUAUCUACCGGCACCAUCACAGCCACGUGCUCGCUUCCGUGGAAGGCGGGAGGGCACAUCGGCUUCUCUCAGCCCUGUUCAUGGAAUUCGGUGUGACGCUGCACAGUGUGUUCAUUGGACUGACGGUUGGCAUCACGAGCGACGCGGAGACGAAGGCGCUCCUUGUGGCGCUGGUAUUUCAUCAGAUGUUCGAGGGUCUUGCGCUGGGCUCGCGGCUGGCGGACGCGUCCAUGCGCAUUUCACUGGAGUUGCUGCUUGCGCUGAUCUUCUCCAUCUCUGCCCCAUUGGGCACCGCGGUCGGUGUGGGAGCUGUCGUGGGGUCGAAGAUAUCGCUAACUGGAGCGACGUUCAUCAUCAUGCAGGCGAUCUUUGAUGCUGUGUGUGGCGGCAUCCUGCUGUACCUUGCCUUUGUUCUCAUGCUGAACGACUUUCCGACGGACCUGCGGAAGCACGCGGGUGUGGGUGCGGCGCAUCGUGGCUGGAAGCGCCUUGCGAUGUUUGUGGCACUGUGGGCAGGCGCCGGGAUUAUGGCGGGGAUCGGGAAGUGGCUGUGA